AUGUUCCGCGGCACAGCAAUUCUCCUCACUCUCUGUUGUCUAUCCUCUGCGGACUGGACCUCGUACAAGCGGGAAUUCUACAAGAACUACUCGCCCGACGAAGACGCUUUCCGACGACAGAUAUACGAACAGUCUGUGCGGGAGAUGAACGAGCACAACGUUCUCUACGAGCAGAACCGUACAAGCUGGCGGCAAGGUCUCACCGUAUUUUCCGACAUGACCGAGGAAGAACGCUCGGGUAUCACCGGCAGUCUCCGCGGAAUGGGAAAUUUUUCUGCGAGCUCGUUCGGAACUUUCCCUCCCAUAUUUCACAAAGGGAGACCACCCGCUUCUGUUGAUUGGAGAAAAAGCAAGUGCGUGGCGCCACCGAAAAACCAGUACGGCCCUGGAGACUGCAGACGGACCUGCUGGGCUUUCGCCACCACUGGGGUACUCGAAUACUAUUACUGCAAGAAACAUGGGAAAUUGGAGAGCUUUUCCGAGAAGUAUCUCGUGGAUUGCGUGUUCACUGUCCAAGGAUGUCAAGGAGGACUAUUCGAGAAGGCAAUGGACCAUCUGUUCUGGACGAUGAAUAUUCCAUCGGAGAAAUCAUAUCCGUACACGACCUUCUUCGGAGAAUGCCGUGAGCCUGGCAACGACCUUUUCGACCUCAGCGAUGUCAAGGGCUUCGAAAGGCUGCAUGGUGAUGAGGAACUUCUAAAAGCCGUCGCCUUCCGAGGACCUGUCGUCGCCUACAUGCUCACGGAAGGAGCGAACCUGGGCACGUUCCGGCCAACGAGCGAGGAUGAUAUUUUCCGCGCCGAUUCUUGCGCCUCGACGCAGCAGGGAAGGUUCGAUCACGCUGUUGUUGUCGUCGGGUACGGGUCGAACCAAAACGGCAAAUAUUGGAUCGUGAAAAACUCCUGGGGCACGAACUGGGGACAGAAUGGCUACUUCAAGCUGUCGAGAGAUGGAGGAAAUUACUGCAACAUCUCUGAUUUCGUGUUCGUCCCCAAGUACAGAUAA